AUGUCAGCUCUUCGCGCUUAUCAACCUCUUUUUCGCCGCGCCGCACAGCGCACAGCGCCUACCAUCAACACUACCACUCGUCGCUUCCUCAACGUAGAAUCCGCACCAACACUUUACUCGGCACGCGCAAAAGCAAUUGGUGCUCGCAAGGGUCGUAUCGAAGGCGAGAACCUCAAUGUCGAGCUCACCAUGGCCAAGGCCCUCGGUGGUCCCGGCGACAAGGGCAAGACGAACCCAGAGGAGCUCUUCGCCGCUGGCUACGGAGCUUGUUUCCAGUCUGCCAUGAACGCUUGCGCAGCCCAGAUGGGUAUCGAAAUGCCUACCAAUGUCGAAGAUAGCGUGGUCGAUACGACAGUGCACCUUGUGGGUGAUAUGAAGUCGCUGGAUAUGGGUCUACGCGUGGAUAUGAAAAUCAUGGUUAAGGGCCUGGAACAGGAGGAAUUGGAAAAGGUGGUUCAAAAAGCGAAGGCGGUUUGCCCGUAUUCUAGGGCUACAAAGGGCAAUGUCUGGACAAACUUUGAAUACGUCCAGGGUUAA